CGAUGGGUGGAAUUCCGAGGUGCUCUUGAAUGCACCAUGAUGUCCCUUACCGGGAAGCGGCGCAGACGCGCAGAGGACGUUUCAGAUGCGACAGCUCGACGCAGUGACCGCGGGGUCGUUACCUCCAUGGACCGUCACUGUGGGAUGAGCCGACCGUUUCUCCAGUACCACCAGGCAGCUUGUCACCUGUCCAGAGAUCAGACAGCCAACAUGCAGCCUCAAGCCCCACCAGCAAAAGCUGCUGGAGGUUUGUGUGAAUCAAAGUCCAGGAAAAGCUGCCGCUGCAACAGAUCCCGGUGUCUCAAACUUUACUGUGAGUGUUUUGCCAACGGGCUGAUGUGCAGCAGCUGUAACUGCUUCGACUGCCACAACAACACAGAGCAUGAAGCGACGCGUCACAAGGCUAUUCAGUCAUGUUUAGGUCGUAAACCAGAUGCCUUCAGGCCGAAGAUUGCUGGUGGGAAGUCAGUACAGGAUAAAGGCUGGCACAACAAAGGCUGCAACUGUAAACGCUCCAGCUGCCUUAAGAACUACUGCGAGUGCUUUGAGGCCAACAUCAUGUGUAGCUCCCGCUGUAAAUGUGUUGACUGUAGAAACUAUGACAGUGGACUCAAAGAGAAGACUGUCAAAGAAAAAGGGCCUGUGUCAGUGAUAACCCCGACUGUGGUGAAGGAGGUGUGCAGUCGUCUGCUGGCCAAGGCCGUGGAGGCUGAGAGGGAGGACCAGAGCCCCGCCCAGACUGAGGACAUGGUCCUUGAGGAGUUCAGUGACUGCCUCAAUGAGAUUGUCAUGACCAUGUUCAAUACACACUAAAACUUCAAGAUUACACUGUGGAGAGAUAUCCGGGUUGUACUUCAGAACUUAACCUCUUUUUUAUUGAAGCUCAGCUCAAUGUCGUUGAAACUUUAAGAAUAAAUAAUAAAAUAAAUCUUUGAAGCCUGACAACAAAAGUGAGACACAAAUGACCAGAGGUCACACAAAACCUGUCAUUUUACAGCUUCAGUUUGUGUCAGUUCCUUUUAAUGCUUUGGGUUCUAUAUUCUUUUCAUAGAAAGUUUUACUGGUUAUUGUAAUACUGAGGUUCCUGUGUGUUAACUGAGUGGCGUGAAUUUCCAGUGUUAUUGUUUUAUUCUUAUUACCAGACAAACAGUUUUGGUUUGGUGAUUUGUUUCGAGUGGAGUUGCUAGUUACAAAAACAUGAACUGUUCAGUCUGUACAUGCAUUCAUGUAAAAACUGUUAAAUUUAAAUGUAUUUAAUGUAUUUAUUCCUCUGUAUUAAUUCCUUUUUUGAAUUUAUUUAAUUUUAGAUUCCAAUAAAAACAUUUUGUGACA